AUGGUUCGAUGCAAUUUAGAUAAUGUUACGUGUUCAAUUCCACAAACAAUUUGUGUUAGUGGUACACGAUGUCAACAACCGGCUUGUUACCCAAUGCCAUUGGCUAAUAUUCAAAUAUGUCCACCAAGUACUCAGUCUAUAAUUCUUGUAGCGUCAUCAACAAGAGUUCCAAACACAACAGCUGCUUGGAAUGCAACGACUACAUCGGUAGCGAGAGCUACAAAUUCGACGGCUUCAGCGAGAGUAACAACACCAAUUACGACCACAUGGUCACCUACUGGUAACAUGAAUAUUUUUCGAUUUAAGCAUACAGAAUCUGUAUUACAUAAUGGAAAAGUGUUAGUUGCUGGUGGAGCUACUACAUCUUAUGAUCAAAGUAGUGCUGAGUUGUAUGAUCCAUCGACAGGAAAUUGGACAAUCACUGGUAGUAUGCAUGAUGCACGAUUUGGACAUACUGCAUCCGUGUUAACAAAUGGAAAAGUGCUAGUUACUGGUGGAGCAAGCACUUCUCCUAAUACGAAUUAUCUAAAUAGUGCUGAAUUGUAUGAUCCAGUAACAGGAAUUUGGACAACUACUGGAAGCAUGAAUAAUGCACGAUAUGAGCAUACGGCAUCCGUAUUAACAAAUAGAAAAGUGUUAGUCACUGGUGGAUAUUCGUAG